CAUAUUUCUGUAUUUUAUUCCAAUAUUGCGUCCGAACCAAGUCAAAUUCAACGAAGGAGAAUUCUCUUUCGCCCAGAAACAACCUGUCUCAGACAAAAUUAGGGCUCCAGUUGGUUCGCUUUUUUUCGCCAAUCUCCUCCCACAAACGCGUAUUCACCUUCUUCCACCCACUCGCCUAAACCCACCUAUAAAUUUCACUCCCCAACCCCACAAUUUUCAUCCAACUCAAUCGCACUUUUAUGUCUCACAGGUCUAUCGUUCCUCAUUCUUCCUCCAUAGCUUUUCAGCUUCAUUCCCAUCUCCUUGUUUCCAGUGAUUUGAAACCCAAUUGGUGUUGUUAGUUUCUCGUACCCAGAUCCUAACUCGAUUCUUUGAUUCAGAUUUGUAUUGUUAGUAGUUAACUUUUAGAUUUGUUGAAAUGGGUGCUAAGGGUUUUGUUGAAGGCGGGAUUGCUUCCAUUGUUGCAGGGUGUUCUACUCACCCUUUGGAUCUGAUUAAAGUUCGCAUGCAGUUACAGGGGGAAUCGGCUCCUGCUCCUGUUAGUAACCCUAAUCUUCGCCCUGCUUUUGCUUAUAACGGUGGCGGCGUCACCACUGUUGAAAUGCCGCAUCCGCCGCCGCCGGUUGUUAGAUCUGGACCGGUUUCGGUGGGUGUGAAGAUUUUUCAAACAGAAGGUGUUGCCGCGUUGUUUUCCGGCAUUUCUGCUACUGUUCUCCGGCAGACGUUGUACUCGACCACCAGGAUGGGGCUUUACGAGAUUUUCCGAGAAAAAUGGACUGACCAGAAUACGGGUACGUUUUCUCUGACUCGGAAAAUCACUGCCGGUUUGUUGGCUGGUGGGAUCGGCGCCGCCGUCGGUAACCCAGCUGAUGUUGCGAUGGUGAGAAUGCAAGCCGAUGGGAGGCUUCCGUUGGCUCAGCGGAGGAACUACAAAGGUGUUGUCGAUGCAAUCUCGACGAUGGUGAAGCAGGAAGGAGUUACCAGUCUGUGGAGGGGAUCCUCCCUGACGGUGAACCGUGCGAUGAUCGUCACGGCCUCGCAGCUGGCGUCGUAUGAUCAAAUUAAGGAAACGAUAAUCAAACAAGGGGUUAUGGCUGACGGACUGGGCACUCAUGUGACGGCGAGUUUUGCAGCGGGGUUUGUGGCGUCGGUGGCUUCGAAUCCGGUGGAUGUGAUCAAAACCCGGGUGAUGAACAUGAAGGUGGAGGAAGGGGUGGCGCCGCCGUAUAAGGGGGCGGUUGAUUGUGCCCUGAAAACGGUAAAGGCGGAGGGGCCUAUGGCCCUUUACAAGGGGUUCAUACCCACAAUUUCAAGGCAGGGGCCUUUCACGGUGGUCCUUUUUGUGACACUUGAACAAGUGCGAAAGGUCCUCAAAGAUUUUUAAAGAUAUUUAUAAAUUUAAUUUUUGGAAAAAUAUAAUUUCCCAAAGUUAAAUCAAUUUAAAUACUUGAUGAUGAUGAAAAAUGUUGGUGAUGUCAUUAUAUUUAGUUAAAUAAUUAUAUAUUAUAUAUUAAAUUGCUUAGUAUUGUAUGGAA